GUUCCUACGUAGAAAUUGAACGACAUAAACACCGAUUCGACUCGUUUUUAUCUGUGGAUAAUUUGGCUUCUCUAACUCCGCGGAGUUAAAAUGGGGCGUGAAUCAAGACAUUACCGGAAGCGUUCCACGUCCCGUGGCCGUUCAGGCAGCCGAUCGAAGAGUCGCUCCCCGGACAAACGCUCCAAGAAAGAUGACCGAGACCGAAGCAGGAGAGAGAGGUCCCGGAGCCGGGAUCGGCGCAGGUCCCGGUCCAGAGACAGGAAACGGGCCAGGCGCUCCAGGAGCAGGGAAAGGAGGAGAUCCAGAAGUCGGGACAGGAGGAGGUCAGGAAGCAGGAGCCGAGCCCGCAGGUCCCGGUCUACUGGAAGUCCCAGCAAAAGCAGGAGGACAGAUGAAAAGCCUCGGAGUAAAGAGAAAGACAACGUUGAUCCUGUGUCCGAGAAGAAAAAAGUUAAAGAGGAAAAAGAAGAUGAGAAGGUUGAGGAUCAAGACUUUGAUCAGAACAAACUGGAGGAGGAGAUGAGGAAGAGGAAGGAGCGAGUGGAAAAGUGGAGAGAAGAGCAACGGAAGAAGGCGAUCGAAAACAUCGGAGAGAUCAAGAAAGAGCUGGAGGAGAUGAAACAGGGCAAGAAAUGGAGCCUGGAGGAUGACGAUGAUGAUGAUGAGGAGGGCUCGGCAGUAAUGGAUGCCGAUGACGACGAGGACGUUGACGUCAAGGGGGAGAAUGAAGAGAAGGAAGUAAAGGAGGAGAAGAAAGAGGAAGGCGAAAAGGAGAAGGAGACGCCCAUGGAGCAGGAGGCAGAGGAGGAUGAUGUGGAUCCUCUGGAUGCCUACAUGGAGGAGGUCAAACAGGAGGUGAAGAAGUUCAACAUGGGAGCCAUGAAGGGAAACGAUAAGAAAGGAGCGAUGACAGUAACCAAAGUGGUGACAGUUGUUAAAACCAAGAAAGGACCUCACACACACAAAAAGAAGGGUGAACUGAUGGAGAAUGACCAAGAUGCCAUGGAGUACUCGUCGGAGGAGGAGGAGGUGGACCUGCAGACGGCUCUGACGGGCUUCCAGACCAAACAGAGGAAGGUCCUGGAGCCCGUCGACCACGGGAAGAUCCAGUACGAGCCGUACCGCAAAAACUUCUACGUGGAGGUGCCCGAGCUGGCCCGGAUGACGGCAGAAGAAGUAAAUUCGUACAGACUGGAACUGGAGGGCAUUACGGUGAAGGGGAAGGGCUGCCCCAAACCCAUCAAGGCCUGGGUGCAGUGUGGCGUGUCGAUGAAGAUCCUCAGUGCCCUGAAGAAGCACAGCUACGAGAAGCCGACGCCGAUCCAGGCGCAGGCCAUCCCCGCCAUCAUGUCCGGCCGGGACCUCAUCGGGAUCGCCAAGACGGGCAGCGGGAAAACCAUCGCUUUCCUUCUCCCAAUGUUCCGACACAUCAUGGACCAGAGGCCGCUGGAGGAGAGCGAGGGCCCCAUCUCUGUCAUCAUGACUCCCACCAGAGAGUUGGCUCUGCAGAUCACAAAGGAGUGUAAGAAGUUUUCCAAGCCGCUGGGACUCAGGGUGGUGUGUGUUUAUGGAGGCACGGGGAUCAGCGAGCAGAUUGCUGAGUUGAAGCGAGGAGCUGAGAUCAUCGUUUGCACGCCGGGCAGAAUGAUCGACAUGCUGGGGGCCAACAGCGGCCGGGUUACAAAUCUGCGCAGAGCUACGUAUGUGGUGCUGGAUGAAGCAGACAGGAUGUUUGACAUGGGCUUUGAACCACAGGUGAUGCGUAUUGUGGACAAUGUGCGGCCGGACCGGCAGACCGUCAUGUUCUCUGCCACCUUCCCGCGAGCGAUGGAGGCGCUGGCCCGGAGGAUCCUGGUGAAGCCCAUCGAGGUGCAGGUGGGAGGCCGCAGCGUCGUGUGCUCCGACGUGGAGCAGCAUGUGCUGGUGAUCGACGAGGAGAAGAAGUUCCUGAAGCUGCUGGAGAUCCUGGGCCACUACCAGGAGAAGGGCUCCGUCAUCAUCUUUGUGGACAAACAGGAGCAUGCAGACGGCUUGCUCAAAGACCUGAUGAAGGCCUCGUACCCCUGCAUGUCUCUACACGGAGGGAUCGAUCAGUACGACCGAGACAGCAUCAUCAACGAUUUUAAGAACGGAGCGUGCCGCCUGAUGGUGGCCACCUCGGUGGCAGCCAGAGGCCUGGACGUCAAGCAGCUGAUCCUGGUGGUCAACUACAACUGCCCCAACCACUACGAGGACUACGUGCACCGGGCCGGGCGCACAGGCCGAGCCGGCAAUAAGGGCUACGCCUACACCUUCAUCACAGAGGACCAGGUCCGCUAUGCUGGAGACAUCAUCAAGGCCCUGGAGCUGUCGGGCUCUCCUGUCCCGGCAGAGCUGGAGAGGCUCUGGUCCUCCUUCAAAGACCAGCAGAAAGCGGAGGGAAAAACCAUCAAGAGCAGCAGUGGCUUCUCGGGGAAAGGCUUCAAGUUCGAUGAGACGGAACACGCCCUGGCCAACGAGAGGAAGAAGCUGCAGAAGGCUGCUCUGGGACUGCAGGACUCUGAUGAUGAGGACGGAGCUCUGGAUAUCGAAGAGCAGAUUGAAAGCAUGUUCAACUCUAAGAAGAGGGUGAAGGAUCUGUCAGCCCCGGGCUCCUCCGGCGGUUCAGGCGGAUCCGUGGCCGCCACAGCCGCCGCCCCCGGGGGGCUGCCCGGGUUCGGACCCACGUCCGCCGGAAACAUCCAGAAGCUGGAAAUGGCCAAAAGGCUGGCGCUCAAGAUCAACGCUCAGAAGAACCUGGGCGCCGAGGCUCAGGACGUGAUGCAGCAGGCCACCAACGCCAUCCUGCGAGGCGGCACCAUCAUGACGCCGUCCGUGUCGGCCAAGACCAUCGCGGAGCAGCUGGCCGAGAAGAUCAACGCCAAGCUGAACUACACCCCCGUGGAGAAGCUGGAGGAGGAGCGGCAGGCGGCCGAGCAGGCCGAGACCAUCAAGAGAUACGAGGAGGAGCUGGAGAUCAACGACUUCCCUCAGACGGCCAGGUGGAAGGUGACCUCGAAAGAAGCUCUGCAGAGGAUCGGGGAGUACUCUGAAGCCGCCAUCACCAUCAGAGGAACCUAUUUCCCGCCCGGCAAAGAGCCCAAAGAGGGAGAGCGCAAGAUCUAUCUGGCUAUUGAGAGUGCAAAUGAGCUGGCCGUGCAGAAAGCCAAAACGGAGAUUACACGCUUAAUCAAGGAGGAGCUCAUCAGAUUACAAAACUCCUACCAGCCAACGAGCAAAGGAAGAUACAAAGUGCUGUAGAGGAGUGUGGCAGGAGGCCCGUCCGCCUCUCAGCAGUUCAAAAUGUUCUCGUGUAAAUUUUUUAAUGUCUUUUAGUUCUUCUUUGGGUUGUUCCAUUCGUCUCCUCGGCGCCCCGCUCGCCUCGCUGUGGUUUUUAUACAGUCUAAUGUCUUCAGUCAUCAGAUCGGCAGACAUGUUUCUUUAAAUAAAGACACACUCUUGCUCUGUUGUUAUUUACAUGCCGACUGUUGUCUUUAUAAGAGAGCCGCCACAUGAAAUCUGUUUUUACUCCACAAUGAAACAUGCUCCAAAGGAAAUAGAGCUCUGUUAGGAUACUGUGUAUUUGUACCAACUGAUAAUUUUAAUUAUUCAAGAGUCUUUCCUUUGUAUAUUAUUCAUCAGUGUUGGGAAGUGUUGAGUAAAAACUGGAUCACGGCUCCGUUUCAGGACAAUAAAGGAAGUUCUUGCA